AUGAAGAUCGCCGCCGCCACCCUCGCCCUGCUCGGCGCCCUCCUCCCCGCCGCCUCCGCCCAGCAGUCCGUCUCCGUCUCCUACGACCAGCGCUACGACGUCGCCGGCAGCUCCAUGAACACUGUCUCCUGCUCCGACGGCGUUAACGGCCUCACCUCCAAAUGGCCCACCUUCGGCAGCGUCCCCAAGUUCCCGCACAUUGGCGGCUCCCCCACCAUCCCCGGCUGGAACAGCCCCAACUGCGGCAAAUGCUACAAGCUCACCUAUGGCGGCAAGUCCAUCUUCGUGACCGCCAUUGAUGCGGCCCCCGGUGGCUUUAACCUGGCUCUGUCGGCCAUGAACGACCUCACCAAUGGCCAGGCGGUGAACCUGGGCCGCGUGCAGGCGACCUACCAGGAGGUGGCCAAGUCGAACUGUGGCCAGUAG